UGCCCAAGGUGAAGGGCUCGUGCAGGUGAGGCGUGGAGGUAAAUGGCGGCUCUCGACGUGGAUGGCACGUUUCACCAUAACAACAAUAUAGAACUGGUCUUUUAUUUAAAUAAAGUUGCACUUACCAGUUAUUAUUGAUAAUCUAUGAUGUCAGAAAAAACGCCUUUAUUACACUACCGACUGACCACUAGCGGCGAGCCGUCUGAUGGAUCUAAACGCACCGGGGUCCGAGGAGGGGUACACGCCGGACGAUCCAAGGAUAGGGCGCCUCAGAAGCUCGGGGUGCUGUUUGGAGUCGUCAUUCCAACUUUACUGUCCAUGUUCAGCGUUGUUGUGUUCUUGCGGAUUGGAUUUGUUGUGGGCCAAGCAGGGCUGUACCAUUCUAUUGCCAUGUUCCUGGUGGCCUACUUCAUCAUCACAAUGACUGUGCUCUCCAUCUGUGCAAUCUCCACCAAUGGAGCUCUAGAUGCUGGAGGUGCCUACUACAUGAUCAGCCGAGCCCUGGGUCCAGAGUUUGGUGGCAGCAUUGGGAUCAUGUUUUUCUUUGCCAACAUUUGCAGUAGUGCUCUCUACAUUUUGGGUUUGGUCGAGGCUAUUACAUCUACCUUCGGAGUCCCAGAAGAGGGUGCUGCAGCUGCUGCAGGUCACCAUCACAUGCUGCCAUCCGGAUACUGGUGGUCUCUGCUUUAUGGCACCGCCCUGCUUUUCCUGUGUUUCAUUGUGUGCCUGGUGGGAGCCCACAUCUAUGCAAAAGCCACCUUCAUUAUCUUCAUCGUAGUCAUGAUGGUCCUGGCUUCGAUCUUCAUUAGUUUCUUCAUUGUGGGGCCCACCGUGGUGACUCUGUCACACACGUCUGCAGUGAACACCACCAGCAUGAGCACUGCCAAUUAUACAGGCUUCAGGCUGCACACGCUGGAGGGAAACCUGUUCUCCGCCUACACGGUGGACUACACCACUGGUGCCAUGAUGAGUUUUACCAGAGUGUUUGCGGUCAUGUUCAACGGCUGCACUGGAAUCAUGGCAGGGUCCAACAUGUCAGGUGAUCUGAAAAACCCUGGCUAUUCCAUCCCGAGAGGAAGUCUUGCUGCUGUUUUUACAACUUUCAUCACAUAUAAUGUGCUGAGUCUGCUGGCGGCAUGGUCCUGUGACCGUUAUCUUCUCCAAAGAGACUACAGCUUCCUGGGGGACAUUAAUAUAUUGCCACCCAUGGUCACAGUUGGCAUUUACUCCUCGGCCCUGUCUGCAGCAAUGAGUAACCUUAUUGGAGCCUCCAGGGUGCUGUACGCCCUGUCCAAAGACGACCUGUUUGGCGGUGUUCUGGCUCUGGCAAGGAAAACCUCUCAAAGUGGAAACCCCUGGGUCUCAGUGCUUGUCUCUUGGUUGCUUGUGCAGAUGGUGCUAUUUGCAGGUAAAUUGAACACCAUUGCUGGUAUUGUAACCAUCUUCUUCUUGUUGGUGUAUGCUGCUGUGAACCUGGCCUGUUUGGCUCUUGAAUGGGCUUCUGCACCAAACUUCAGACCCUCGUUCCGUUUCUUUACAUGGCACACCUGCACUCUGGGUAUCCUCGGCUGCCUGGUCAUGAUAUUUUUGAUCAAUGCAAUUUAUGCAUUUGCCAGCAUAGCCUUUAUGCUGCUGCUCUUGAUGCUUAUCCACUAUCUGGGGCCCAUCAGCAACUGGGGCUACAUCAGCCAGGCCCUCAUCUUCCACCAGGUGCGUAAGUACUUGUUGAUGUUGGAUGUGCGAAAGGACCAUGUUAAGUUCUGGAGGCCCCAGGUGCUUCUGAUGGUUGCAAACCCUCGCAGCUGUACAGGCCUCAUGACUUUCAUUAAUGAUCUGAAGAAGAGUGGCCUCUAUGUGCUUGGACACAUAAAGCUGGGCUUGCUGGAUGAGCUGCCCUCUGAUCCUUUGCAGAGUCGAUAUGACUCCUGGCUCUGUUUAGUGGAUCAUUUGAAAAUCAAAGCGUUUGUCAACCUGACCCUGGCUGACUCCGUCCGACACGGCGUUCAGAAUUUGCUUUUCAUUUCAGGCUUUGGUGGAAUGAGGCCCAACACCCUUGUCUUGGGUUUCUAUGAUGACUGCACUCCUCAUGACCACCUCCAAGGUCAUAUUCUCCUGUCUACAGGCCAUAGCUUUGAUAUGGUCUGUCCAACCAAAGUCCCUGGAGAGCAACGCUCUCCCUUCUUUCCCAGUCUGCGGGGUGCUGAGGACCCCAAAGACCUCCAGGAAGAGGAAUACGUCUCUGUGAUUGCUGAUGCUGUAAAAAUGGGAAAGAAUGUGACUCUGGCUCGGUGUUUCGACCAGUUCAACCGGGACAGAGUCUUAGGGUCAGGAAGAAAGAUCAGAGGUGUGGCCGGGCCAUUCAUUGAUGUGUGGCCUAUGAAUCUUCUUCAGCCAGACAGCCAUAGUUAUGUUGGCAUCUGUUCAUUGUUUCUUCUCCAGCUGGCUUGUGUGCUUCACGAUUCCCGUGCCUGGAACCAGGCGAGACUCCGACUCUUCUUGUGCAUGGAGGCUGGCUACAGUCUGCAAGAAAAGGAGGAAGCAAAGCUCCAGGGUAUGCUUAGGGAUCUAAGGAUCUCAGCUCGGGUGCAGAUGGUGGCUUGGGAUGAGGUGGUGGCGCUACACUGGCAGAGGCAAAGAGAAAGGGCUGAACAGAAUGAGGAAGAUGAGAGAGAAGACUGUAACCAGACAUAUCCCAAUAAUGCCUCUCAACUUACAGAUGAGUACAUCUGUGCCGUCAAUGAUAUGAUUUGCCGUCAUGGUGUCCCUCAGCCAGCUGUGCGUUUCUUGUAUUUGCCACACCCCCCAGCUGAUAGAAGCCGUUACCGUGCCUACCUGCAUCAGGUGGACCUGUUGAGUCGAAACCUUGGACCGACAUUGCUCGUUCACGGAGUCACUCCUGUGGUUACGACUGACAUCUAGAAUUUUACUAACUCUUUGUCAUCGACUAGCAGAAUCUAGUAUCGUUCAUGGACGGGGCUGUGCCUGUUGCCUCCCGAUUUAUUGACAUGUUAGUCGUCAACCACAGUAUUACAAACGAUGAAAACAGAGGCAAUCCCUUUGAAACUGAGAUUAGGCCAUAGUGGCAUUAAGAAAAUUAAUCUGCACUUUUUUUGUGUGAGAGGAGAUAAUUGUAUUAGUAGAAAGCUGAUUGGAUAUUAAUGUAUUAGAUUCUCAUUUAUUUGCUAAAAUAUUGCUGCCACAGUUGGGUGUCAUCUUGCUAUUGUGUGCUUUAAAUUUUUCACAGAUUUAUAGAAAAAUAAAUGAUUGUAUUACCUGAAUGGCCUGUUUAUAGUUAGUAAUUGUUAGCUACUACAAAAAAAGUUACACCUGAGUGUUUCCUGUUGAACCUGCAGAGGGCGAUAUUUGCCUAGCAAACUGCCCACAAUCACAGCUAUGCAAGUAAGAAUUUACAAGGCUCUUAGUGCACCACAAUGGUGCAAAUACCAUGUAACUGAAUGUGUACUACAAAUAAGCUAACAUAGACUGAUCUGCUCAUUCAGAACUCUCCAUGUGGUCGGUCUGUUUAUGAUCGGCUCUCUUGCCAAGAUGAAGAAUGCAGUUCCCAGAAAAACGGUUGAAAACUUUUCAGGGCUGACAGGAUCUCCUUCUGAGUUGUAAUUAUGGACCAAGUCAGUCUUACUAAACUAAUAAUAGAGUCCUAUGUGUUCCAAAUUAAACUUGGAGUCAAGUGUUUUCAUUAUUAUUUUGGAUAUGACUUCUAGGAGGAUUAUGUUUGCUGUAUACAAACAGCAAAGCACCAUUGGUUUAGCACUGAGGGAGCUAAAAUUAAAUCAAGAAAUAUUAGGGGCGAAUGUCAGGGCGCUAUGCCACAGACUGGGUCAUCCAACAUGACAUUGACCUGGGGUGUACAAAUAAAUGAACAGAUGGUUUAAAGAAAAAGAAACAACAAUUUUGGUCUAUAACCACCUUGAGAUGCUGUGGUGUGAGCUGAGCAAGGCUGGACAAUCAAGAAAUCCCCUAAAUACUCAUUGUGCACUUCUUAUCAGCAUCUCCAGGAAAUGAUGCUGUUGCUAGAGAAGUUUCUUUGAACUACUAAAUUCAAGACUUCACUUAGUUUUUCCAGCCUGAGCUGUGAGUGAUUACUGAACACGAUCAUUAAAGACAUGACUGUUUUAUCCAGUCAGACUGUGUUG